AUCAUCAUCUCGCGCAACAGCAGCAACGUUCUAAGCAUCUACCUAAAGCUCAGGUCAGAGCUUCGAUUAGUUUGUGUUUUGCCGUCGCGUCGGUAUCCAGUCAGUCAGUCAGUCAGUGGCGCAUCAACUAAACUGAUUGUGUUUUUUUCUCAAGUCUCUAGUCUCAUCGUGUCAAGCGAGCGUCUCAAAUCGCAAAAAAGAAGUAUUCAAAUUACCCGCGUGUAAUUCUAGUCGAUAUGCAAAUUUUAUCAGCCGCACUGCUCUUUGCCAUUUACUUUCACUAUUUGGCUGCGACGACGACGACGACGGAAGCAGCGGCGCGAAAAUGCAGUCACGUGACGGUGUUCCACAAAAUUCUCGGAAUGCGACCAACGCCGGUGCUCCACCGAGACAGUGGACAACUUCCGCUCGAUGGUGGUGGUGGCGGCGGCGGCAGCGGCACCAGCAGGUCUACUAGCAACAACGCUAGGUGCGCGCGAUUAUGUCGCGAAGAUCCCGACUGCUACGGGUACCUGUUGGUGUUCAGCCAGAACGUGUGCUACGGCUACAGCAGUAACCGGACGGCGACGCGGGUGGCUCCGACCCGGUACGACUACAUCGACGAAGCAAACCACCAAUUAGUCGCCGAUGCUAAUGUUGCAUUUUUUGUCAAGACCAGCUGCCUGGACGUGCCCCACAAAUGCGCCACCAACAAGCUCUUCCCACUGGUAACCAUCCCAGGUGCCGCCCUGAUGCUCCCGUCAUCUCAUCACCUCCUCCCGCGACUGGUCACCCGAGACGAGUGCGCAUCGGCGUGCUUCCGCGAGCAACGGUUCCCCUGCCGAUCGGCCCGGUUCGUACGCUCCUUCCGAAACAACAGGCACCGCCUGUGGUGGACUAGGACCGGCGGCGGCGCCAGCCCCGCUCAAAUGGGCCAAUGCUACCUAAGUGCAGCGGAUCGCUUCUUGCAUCCGGAAGCAUUCCGCCGCGGUUGGGAGGAGAGCGGGGAGUAUUUGGAGAAUCAGUGCCAUUCGGUGGCAGAACGGGGUUCGGCGGGUUGUUCGUUCGAGCAGCAUCGGGAUGCGGCGUUCGUCUACCCGGACGAUUCACUGAUCGUAUCGGGUGAGAAGGGGUGCAGCGAGCGGUGCUUGAACGAGGAUCGAUUCAUUUGCGCUGGGUAUACGUAUCACAAUUCGUCUGGAGGGGGAGACGGUGAAGGAGGGGGAGGGCCAAGCUGUAUGCUGCAUUCGGACGAUCUGACGAGCUUGGGUCCUAAGGCUAUUCGGACGGUGUUUGAUUGGGUUUACGCCAAGAGGGUACCCUGCUUGGCGAAGCUGGAUGCGCAAUGUCUGAGCAAUCGGAUGGAGGUGGCCUAUGAGCCAGCUGAAGAAUACCGUGGGAGAAUGUACCUGAAUACGGCGCACCAGAAUUGUAGCUUUGAGAUGACGACCAACAAUGGAACACGGCUGCUGGAGAUCGCAACUGGAAACGAACUGGUUGAGUCUCGCUGUGGGAUAAGGCGAGCCUUCAUCAAGGGGAAUAUGUUUGACUUUCUGGUGUUCGCCUACGUGUACAUUCAGCAGCAUCCGGUAGUCCGAACGCAAGCCGAUCGCCUCCUCAAAAUGGGCUGCAUCCACCACUUCGAUUCCGCCAACGUAACUCACCUAAUGAACAAUCUCCCCAUGCAGUCAACCGUGGACUUCAUCCCGCACAGUCAGUCGUUCAGCUUCGGCCUGACGGAAGUUCGCAAUGGAACGUCCAAGGUGGCUAAGGGCGUCACCACCGAGCUCAUUGACGUGGAAACGCAAGCGGAAGUGUUCGAAGCCACCCUGGGACAGUUGCUGGAGAUGCGAAUAAGGUCAUCCCAUCCGGACUUCGACUUGGUACCGCACAGUUUGGUUGCUUAUUCGGGUGAUCAGUCACUGGGGCUCUUGGACGAUAAAGGCUGCCCGCUGGACGGGCAGCUCCUGUCAGGCUUUCGGAAGGAAAGAAAACCCUCGGAGGUUGUACUAGCGGCACGUUUCCAUGCCUUUAUGUUUCCCAGCUCAACGACGAUAAAUUUUAGGCUAACGAUCCAAUUCUGCUACGAAUCGUGUCCCAAAGCGGUGUGCUUCUAUCAAUAA